CUGAACGCCAAAGGAAUAUUCUGUUUUUCUGCCAUCCACAAGUUCCAGUCCAACCAAGUGAUCGUGGUCCCGUCAUUCAGGAAGAAGAGAGGAAGUACAGUGGAGAUAUCAAGUGGCGGGGUUCUGUGUCCUUGAUAACCGCGAGAUAACCCACCCAGCCUCUUAUCGAUAUCGGCAGCAGCCGACUUAUUGGCACGUUAGCUGCAAUCAAGCGGGGCUGGGCCGUCAGUUAUAUCCAGGGAUGCACGCGAAGGUUGCUAAGUCACACAAUGUGACAGUCAGAAACUACCGCACUCCAAGCAAAUGGCGGCGCCUUCACCAAGCAACAACCGAAGUCGUUAAAGGCCCAAUUUGGAUAGAGAUUCCCCAGCCGGCCCUCUUCAACAAAAUGGCCUACGCCGAGCAGCAGCGCUGGAUUACGGUCCAGCAAAAGACGUUUACCAAAUGGCUAAACACCAAGCUGGAGGUUAGGAAUCUCGAGGUCAAGGACCUGGUGCAAGACCUGAGUGAUGGUGUACUCCUUAUCCACCUCCUCGAGUGUCUCUCGGGCGAGUCGCUGGGCCGGUAUGCCGCGAAACCCAAGCUGCGCGUGCAGCGCUUCGAAAAUGCAAACCUCGCGCUCAACUUUAUCAAGUUGCGCGGAAUACAGAUGACCAACAUCGGCGCUGAAGAUGUAGUAGAUGGAAACCGAAAAAUCAUUCUUGGCCUGAUAUGGACCCUCAUUCUGCGCUUCACCAUCAACGACAUCAACGAGGAGGGCAUGACGGCCAAGGAGGGCUUGUUAUUGUGGUGCCAACGCAAGACGGCGUGCUACGACGGGGUGGACGUGCGUGACUUCAGCGCAAGCUGGAACGACGGGCUCGCCUUCUGUGCCCUUCUCGACAUCCAUCGCCCGGAUCUGAUCGACUACGAGGCUCUCGACAAGUCGGACCACCGCGGCAACAUGCAGAUGGCUUUCGAUAUUGCUCAUAAGGAGAUUGGCAUUCCGAAGCUGCUGGAUGUCGAGGACGUGUGCGACGUGGCCAAGCCCGACGAGCGCAGUCUGAUGACCUACAUCGCCUACUGGUUCCACGCCUUCUCGCAGAUGGAGAAGGUUGAGAAUGCAGGCCGCCGCGUCGAAAAGUUUGUCAACAAUAUGCGUGGCGCCUGGGAUAUGCAGAGCGCUUAUGAGCGAAGGAUGGCGGCGCUACUCGAGGCAAUCCGUGCCCAGAUGAAGAACUGGCAGCUCGCUACCUUUGAGGGGACCUACGCAGAUGCCAAGGCACAGGCGGCUGAAUUCGCUUCGUACAAGAGAGGCUUGAAACGGGAGUGGGUGGCCGAGAAGAGCGAACUAGCGACGCUUCUGGGUAACAUCAAGACGAAGCUGGGCACAUACCGGCUGCGACCAUACGACCCGCCGGCUGAGUUGAGGCUGGAGGUGUUGGACAAAGAGUGGAGCAACCUGACCAAGGCAGAGAUGAAUCGGGGUCAGUUGAUCAAUGAGACUAUCAGAGACAUAAAGAACGCGCUACGUAAAUCCUUUGCUGACAAGGCGAACGAUUUCGCUCUAGCGCUCAAUACGAUACAGCUCGCCAUUUCAGGGCUCGAAGGCGAUGUAGAGGACCAACUACACCAUGUACGGAAGCUAUCGGACAAUCUCCCGCCGCUAGACGCCUUCCUAAAGACCAUCGCUGCCGUCGACGAAAAGUGCCAAGAAGCUAACAUUGAAGAAAACGAUUUCACCACGUACACAUACGACGAGCUUUGCUAUGAGCUCUCACUGGCCAAGUCAUCCGUCUCCAAAAAGCUCUCCUUCCUCGAGAACCAGAUGGUUGCGCGCAAUAUGACGAACCUUACCCCUAUUCAGCUUGAAGAGUUCGAGUCUGUCUUCCGACACUUUGACCGCGAUGACAGCAACAGCCUGUCCGAGUUGGAGUUUAGCGCGGCCCUGGCCUCGCUCGGCCUGAUAUUCUCGGAAGAUGAGAUGCACGAGUACUUUCUCGACACGUCCAAUGGGCGUGACCGCGUCACGUUUGAGCAAUUUAUCGGCUUUAUGGUCGAGGUGACUGAGGAUCAGAACACGGCCGAGCAAGUCUUCCAGAGCUUUAGGGAGGUCGCCGAUGGGAAACCGUAUGUGACUGAAAUGGACUUGCGGCAUUCACUGGUGCCGGACGAGGUCAUUGAGAAGCUGGUCGAGAUUAUGCCACCGCAUAAAGGACCGGAUAUGCAGGUCGACCGGGGUCAGCCACAAUACGAUUACAUUUCCUUUAUGGAAAAGCUUUGCGGGAAUGAAGGGGAACCCAGGCCAAGUAGUGGAAGGUUGAGUCCAACGAAGCCUGCGGCAGCGGGGAUGAAUGGCGUGCAUUGAGAUGGGUUGGCAUAGCUCACAUAUCGCCUCAUGUCCCGCUCGCCGCGGGAGAGGUACCUUCUUUUUGUUUAAUAUUUCCCUUAGUUUAGUUCCCUUUAAUACCCGUGUUAGCAUAGCGUGGAUGGUCCUAGGGAUUCAAACAUUAUAGCACAUCUCACUCAAGCUUGCUGAUCCAUUUACCGAGGCUUCUCAAGCUUAUCUAACGAAGGGGGAUAGCCUCCUCAAAAGUGAGGGUGAUAGGGUAUGCCCUUCGAAGCUGGACACAGGUCAUACCAGCCCAAAGUUAUAAUGUACUUGCCGUUACCUCGAGGAUAUCAGUUGGAUGGAAGUGAUAACUUAUCUAGUAACGCCCGUCCUGGUACUGAGAUCUAGCAGCUCAUCCC